AUGACCAAUGGUUACGAUGAAGUAGAGACGGGGAUGGAAGCUGAUAGCGAGGAAGAUCUCGAGCUAGAGAACGUCGAGGAAGAUGGACCUCUUCUCUCAUCCGCUGGAAAUUCGAACCCGGAGCCCUUCUCCAGCAGCUUGAGGGGAUGGGCUCAACGUCAAAAACGAUUCAAAGUUGUUGCUGUUGUGAUCAUCAUCAUCACACUGCUCUUUAUUGUCUUAGGCUUAAAGUUCACAUCGUCCAAUGUCGAGCCCGAGCUUGACUCUUUCCAGGAGACCCUCAAAGCCGAGAGUGAGAGGGCUAGGCAGUUGCUGCUGAGGAAUAUCGGACCUAGGAUAGGUGCAGGUGAUGGAUUGGUAGUUGCUAGUCCAAGCAGAGGCGAGAAGAGCUAUCUACCGGACUACUACUACACUUGGACGAGAGAUUCAGCAUUGGUCUAUCGAUCUCUCACGACUUUCGACUCUUCUUCGAACUCAGAGAAUAUAUCGAGCCAUGAUGAACUACUACUCCGGGCGUAUAUACAAUCGCAAAUACCGAUACAGACUAGGUCGAACCCCUCCGGAGGACUUGAGAAUGGCGGAUUGAACGAACCGAAAUUCCAAAUUGAUGGAUCUCCAUUUUUGGGUGAUUGGGGUAGACCACAAAGGGACGGUCCCGCGCUAAGAGCUCUGACGCUUAUCCCAUAUGCUCACUUCUUACUGAAUCGGGGGUAUCCCGCGGAUCGUACAUACGUCAAAGAGAACUUAUAUAAUCCGGACAAGAUUAGAGGUACUGGAAAUGUCAUUAAAAAUGAUUUGGAGGAGGUUGCUCAUGGAUGGUGGAAAAGGGGAUUUGACCUUUGGGAAGAAGUGAACGGCCAUCACUUCUUCACGCUUAUCGUGUCCUUACGGGCACUUCAAGCUGGAUCAUCCCUCGCCGACCGCCUGAAUGAUCCUGGUGCUCAAGGGUAUUAUUCAAAACAAGCCGAACUUAUCGGACAGAAACUCGAGACUUUCUGGAAUGAUGGGAAAGAAUACUAUCUCUCUAGUAUCUCAUCCUAUAAUUUCGAUGAUAAUAAUGAAGAUGAUGAGAGAAUCACACUGCCAGAGAGGGAUUGGUCAGAUUGCUCAUUACCGCUUUCCCUCAUUCAUGCUGGAGAUCAUAUCAACCUCGAUACCUAUCAUCAUUCCAACUACACCGAAAUCGGCUUUGGGCCGACUGAUCCGAAGGUGAUCUCUACCAUAUAUCGAUAUAUCCAAUCAUUCGAUGGGUUAUAUGAGAUCAAUAAUAAUAAGGGAAGCUGGACACAAGGUUGGGCGUUGGGAAGGUAUAGGGAAGAUGUAUAUGAUGGUGUAGGUAAAAGUAAAGGUAAUCCCUGGCAUAUCUGUACUAAUGCAAUAGCACAAUCCCUCUACUUGAUCGAAAAGCGACAUUACGAACAAGGAUAUUUAGAACCUACUGAGAUCACCGGCAAUUUCUGGACAGAAUUGAUGAAUGAACGUUUCAAUGAAGAUAAAAGGGUUGAGUUUGGUCAGAGGAAGUUUGAUUUGACUAUGAGGAGAUUGAGAGAAGUUGGAGAUAGCUUUCUGAACGUUUCUCGGAACGCUAUGGAACAAGGAAAAAGGAUGAGUGAACAGAUCGGCCGGGACAACGGAAAACCCAUAGGAGCGAGAGACUUGACUUGGUCUUACGCGAGUUACACGAGUGCUGUUAAAGCGAGAGAGGACGCUGUUUUUGUAGGGAACAAUCGGGCCAAACGUGCUUAA